CGACCAAACAAAGGCGGUGUCUCCACAUGCUAAAAUAAGCCUCGUCCAACAAGGGGAAAAAAAAUCGAAAAUUAAGAGAACUCCGAUUUUCCCAAACAUUGCCACCACUCGUUCUCUUGCCUCGCAAUCUCCAUCUAUACAGCUCGUCGAGCUCUGAAUCUUCACUCUGAUCUCUUUGAGAGAUAAAUUUCUUUUACAUUUGUUUGUUCGAUUGCUUCUUCGGUGCUGAAUGGGUUGAACGGGACGUAUUUUUCUCGAGGAGAUGGAGUGGGAUAGCAAUUCGGAUCUAAGCGGGGAUGAGGAGGAGGAGGAUUUCACGCCCGACCAUGCGGUGGGAGGUGAGCCCCUGCUGCCCUUUCCCAUUGAGAACAUGACCCAGACCGCGCCUUGUGGAUUUGUCGUCACGGACGCUCUUGAGCCUGACCAUCCCAUCAUAUACGUCAACGCUGUCUUUGAGAUGGUGACCGGCUACCGUGCUGAGGAGGUUCUUGGCCGCAACUGCCGUUUCUUGCAAUAUAGAGGACCAUUUGCUAAAAGAAGGCAUCCUUUGGUGGACUCGACUGUUGUUCCAGAAAUAAGGAGGUGUCUUGAGAAGGGUAUUGAAUUCCAAGGCAAUCUGUUGAACUUUAGGAAAGAUGGUUCUCCACUGAUGAAUAGAUUGCGCAUGACUCCUAUUUAUGGAGAUGAUGAAACUAUCACUCAUGUAAUUGGCAUCCAGUUCUUUACGGAAGCAAAUAUUGAUCUUGGACCGGUGCCCGGAUCUGUAGUAAAAGAGUCUGCAAAAUGUUCUGAUCUUUUUCGUUCAGGGAUUUCUGUUUUCCGUCCUAUCCCAGUUGGUGACCGGAAUGUCUGUCGUGGAGUUUGUGGGAUAUUGCAGUUGAGCGAUGAGGUAUUGUCUCUUAAGAUACUUUCACUUCUGACGCCAAGAGAUAUUGCGUCAGUUGGAUCUGUUUGUAGGAGACUUUAUGUUAUCACAAAGAAUGAGGAUCUUUGGCGAAUGGUAUGCCAAAAUGCAUGGGGCAGUGAAACAACCUGUGUUUUAGAAACUGUGCCGGGUGCCAAGAGGCUAGGGUGGGGUCGUUUGGCACGGGAAUUGACGACUCUUGAAGCAGCAGCAUGGAGGAAGCUAACUGUUGGUGGUGUUGUUGAACCUUCACGGUGCAACUUCAGUGCUUGUGCAGUUGGAAAUAGGGUUGUCCUUUUUGGUGGUGAAGGGGUUAACAUGCAGCCAAUGAAUGAUACCUUCGUAUUGGAUCUGAAUUCUUGUAAUCCAGAGUGGCAACAUGUCCAAGUGAGCUCUCCACCUCCUGGUAGGUGGGGUCAUACGCUUUCUUGUGUGAAUGGUUCGAAUUUAGUGGUAUUUGGAGGUUGUGGCAGGCAAGGCUUGCUUAAUGACGUUUUUGUAUUGGAUUUGGAUGCAAAGCCUCCAACUUGGCGGGAAAUUUCCGGUUUGGCCCCUCCGCUUCCUAGAUCAUGGCAUAGCUCAUGCACACUUGAUGGUACCAAGUUGAUUGUUUCUGGUGGUUGUGCAGAUUCUGGAGUACUUCUUAGUGAUACUUUUCUGCUUGACCUCUUUAUGGAGAAGCCUGUCUGGAGAGAGAUCCCAGUAGCCUGGACCCCACCUUCUCGGUUGGGUCACACACUGUCAGUUUAUGGUGGUCGGAAAAUAUUGAUGUUUGGGGGUCUGGCUAAGAGUGGUCCCCUUCGGUUCCGUUCUAGUGAUGUGUUUACUAUAGAUCUAAGUGAGGAUGAACCUUGUUGGAGAUGUGUGACUGGGAGUGGAAUGCCUGGUGCUGGAAAUCCAGGAGGUGUAGCUCCACCACCUAGACUUGAUCAUGUGGCCGUCAGCCUUCCAGGGGGUAGAAUCCUGAUCUUUGGCGGUUCCGUGGCUGGUCUUCACUCUGCCUCGCAACUUUAUAUCCUGGACCCAACGGAUGAGAAGCCUACUUGGAGAAUACUAAAUGUACCUGGGCGGCCCCCAAGAUUUGCUUGGGGCCAUAGUACCUGUGUUGUUGGGGGGACUAGGGCUAUAGUCCUUGGUGGUCAGACCGGAGAGGAGUGGAUGCUCAGUGAUCUCCAUGAGCUAUCACUUACAGGUUCCAUUAACUGAUCCAAGAGGGAAUAUGGAGGUGGCAAAGGGAUGGGAAAGGACUUGAACGUGGAAAUCAGAUGGUUGAGAAUGUUGUUUCGGACUUUCGGUCACUAAUAACUCUUGGCAAUUGUUUUAUCUAGUCAGAACUUCUAUUAUAGGUGGUUCUUACUCGAUGGAACAUAUUUAUGAGUUUGUUCUGGCUCGGGAUGAAGUUUCAAAGUGGCGACCUGAAACUAUAUGUUCUCUUGCAAGGUUUGCAUUAGACUCUGUCCUUGGCUACAGGCACUGGGAUAAUUCUUGUUCAAAUAGGUUGGUAGCAUUUGAUAGAAGUAGGUAUUAUGUAGAUCCAGCUCUUGUUGUGCCAGUUCCUUGCUUUAAUUUGCGUUCUGUAAUUAAAUGGAAAAAUUGUGAAAGAAGGUUGCACGUUUAUAGAGAGUAAAGUAAUGUACCUGCUUGAAUUGUAUACCUUUUAGCUUGAU